UGUGGGGGAUGGGGGCGCCCCGACACGCUCACUAAUCAGAUCACGGCCUCAAUUGCUGGGGAAUCCGAGACAAAAGAUCGUGGAACUUUAAGCUUGAAGUGAUGAGUGAUCAAGAAAGUUGGAGAAAGAGGAGGUUGUCAUCGUGAAAAGUAUGCUGGAAGUCACGAGAUCUCAUACUAAGCCGAGGUACAGGGCAUCACCCUUGAUCACUAAACCACAACGGCCGAACACAACCACGACAACCUCUCGAGCUCUAUAAGAGCAGAAUGGCACUGUACUCGGAGCUGCCUACCCAUAGGACCGCAUUAGACGGAUAUUCUUGAACUCAAUCAACAAUAAUGGCCAGGAAAAACAAGAUAGCAUUGGUUGUUGGUGCCUCGCGCGGCAUUGGCAGACAGGUUGCUAUUGACCUAGCAAAGAAUGGAUACGCAGUUGUCGUUGCAGCGAAAUCUACCUCAGACGCGUAUGCCACGAAGCCAUUCCCACCCGAUCCGAACUCCCUGCAAUCCACAAUCAGCACAGUCGAGCGAGAGAUCAGAGAAGCUGGCGGACAGGCAACUGCCAUUACAGUGGAUACGCGAGAUCCAGGGAGCAUCCAGAGGAUGGUGGAUCAAACCGUGAAAGUCUACGGCCACCUCGACGUCUUGAUCUACAAUCCAGGAGCUAUCUGGUGGGCAUCUGUAGAGAACACACCAACGAAGCGAUAUCAGCUCAUGCAAUCUGUCAAUGCGCUCGGUCUGUACGCUUCAGUGCAAUCCUCCCUGCCAUACUUCAAAGCCAAUGGCUGGAAAGGUCGGAUAAUCGUCGUUAGCCCACCGAUAUACUCGCGCUUCUUUCGAGGCAAAACUGCAUACGCCAUGGGGAAAGUUGGGAUGAGCGUUCUGACCAAGGGUUUGGCGAUGGAUUGGGAGAGAGAGGGGAAGAAAAAUAUGGCGAUAACUAGCAUCUGGCCAGCAUGUUCCAUUGAAUCUGCUGCGACGGGCCAGAUUACUAGGACCGAUCCGGAUUCUGUCAAAGAUCUGCGGAAGCCAACGAUAUAUUCGGAUGCUAUUCUUGCGAUGUUGGAGGCGCCUGUUGAGAGGGUCAAUGGGCAGUUGGAACUUGAUGAGGAUUUUCUCAGGGGUUACAAGGGCGUUACGGAUUUCUCGAAGUACUCUGUUGUCCCAGGGGCGGUGCCGAGAAGAAUCAUGCCGGCUGUGUUACCGGAUCUUACGGUCGCUGAGCAGGCGGAUGAGGGGAGGAGGACGGAUAGUACGAAGUUGAGAGCGUCGAAGUUGUGAAAAUAUCUUGAAUGCAUAUUUGUCCAGAAGAUGUCGCAAUUUCCCGGGGUAGCCUUUCUCAUCCCGUGCUUCAUCAUAGUUAGGUUGCCAGCUGCCUGGUGUGAUUCUCACGAAAUAACUUUCCAUGUCAAAGCCAGACACAGCGGUGACCCCUUGGAAAGUCUUGGAAUAGGGGUAAUUAUAAUAGCCCCUGAGUUAAGCGAGAGCUUAGAAAUUUGUC